UCGAAGCGCCCGCGAACUGCCUUCACCAGCGCACAGCUCAUCGAACUGGAGAAGGAGUUCCACUACAACAAAUACCUUACGCGGCCGAGAAGGGUUGAGAUUGCUAACGCACUGCAACUCACAGAAAAACAGGUCAAGAUCUGGUUUCAAAAUCGCCGCAUGAAGGCAAAGAAGAACAGAUCGGAUGGAGGGAGGGAGGAGGAAAAGAACGACAACGAAGAGGAUGAAGAUGAAAUUGCCGACUGCAGCAACAAAAAUAACGACAGCACUUAUGCUGUUUCGUCGUCGUCGUACCACGAUGACGAGCAGAGGACUGCCGACAAGUCGGAGGUCGGUGGCACUCUUUCUUCUGAGUCCUGA